GGAGGAAUGAAAAUAUUGGUGAAGUCAAUAGGUUAAAGAGAAAAUAGCUGCGAAAAAUAAGGGUGACUAAUAAUUGUAGAAAUUGUAAAUUGCUUCUAUCAUUGUUAUUCAGAAUCAUUAUUCCAUUUAGAGAAUUCUGAAAAAUCAAUAACUUCUAACCCAACUCUUCCAACCUUCUCCUCCUCCGAAGUUCCCUUUGUUGAUAUUUUCUUAUGAGUCAUAUAAUGGCAUUCCCUAUUGUCGCCACAAGCUGUUGAAUGCAGAAACCGUUUCGGGGCCCAUAAUAAAUUUGCUUAUCGCUUCCUUCCAUUAAUUUAGGCCUCCCCAACGGUGUUCACCCUGUUCUGCUAAAACCAAGAUCCGAUGAGUCAAAUUUUCCAAGAGCCUAAGGGCUUAAAACCAAUCCCAGCUGGAUUUUCUUCUCAUCAUCAAUCUUGCCGUGGUAAGCAAAAGAAAAUGGAUGAGCAAGGAGGAAACAAAGUGACUGGAAUUAAGCAGAUUGUAAGACUGAAAGAAUUUCUAAGCAAAUGGCAAAACGCCACACUUGGCCCCAAGGGAAACAACAAUAAUAAUAAUAAUAAUAAUAAUAAUCUUGGAUCAUCAUCGAAUGGCGGUAGCAAUUCCCCAGGAGGAAUAUCACCUUCCAUUAGUAUGAGGCUAAGGAAUUACAAUAUAUAUUGUGAUUCGGAUGAGGAGAGUUGUCAAAGUCCAGAGCCACCCCAUGGUGUCCCUAGAGGCUAUUUAGCUGUUUAUGUUGGACCAGAGCUUCGGAGGUUUAUAAUUCCCACUAGCUAUCUUAGUGAUCCAUUGUUCAAAUUGUUGCUUGAAAAAGUUGAGGAAGAGUUUGGGUUUGAUCAUACUGGUGGACUCACUAUACCUUGUGAGAUUGAGACUUUCAAGUUCCUCAUGCAGUGCAUGGAGAAUCAUCAGAGAGAUCAACCUGCUGAUCGUCAAGACGUGGUUUCUGCUGGAUCUUCGCCAGUUGAGGAAUUAGAAGGUCUCAUUGUACUUGUAUACAGUUUCAUCAUUUUCUAUUCUACACUUGUCCCUCUGUGUGUUCAAAGCUGACUCUAAACAGAAUAACUGAAGGAGGAAAAGAAAGAAGGAGGGCCUAGGUAGUUAUCUUCAGAAGGUUCAUUGGCAAAAAAGAGAAAGCAGAAACCUUUGACCCUUUCUAGGUAUUACCUACCAGAAUUUAUGAAGAUCAAACUUGGCAAAAUAUUUUAUUCUUAGGAUUGCCAAUUUGUAUUGGAAUAACACUGUUAUAUUGUAAAUUAUUUGAUCUUUGAGUUUGUACAACAUUUAUCUUGUCAAAUUUACAGUAUUGCAUUGUAUUGCGA